UCGAAGUUUUCCUGGGGAAGAAGCAAGGAAAAUCCAAAAAUCGAAAAAGGAGGGACUACUGGAGCCUGGAAGCAGAGGAAACGGAAUUCGGAGAUGGAUGUGAUAAAGACGCAGCAGAUCUCGUCGAUGCUGAUCGAGAAGGUGAUAGUGCACCCUCUCGUUCUCCUCAGUAUCGUCGAUAACUAUAACAGAGUCGCCAAGGAUACUCGCAAACGCGUCGUCGGCGUCCUCCUCGGCACCACCGUCAAAGGCACCGUCGAUGUCACCAACAGCUACGCAGUGCCAUUUGAAGAAGAUGAGAAGGACCCAAGCAUCUGGUUUUUCGAUCAUAACUACCAUGAAUCGAUGUUUUCCAUGUUUAAGAGAAUAAAUGCCAAGGAGCAUGUUGUUGGAUGGUACAGCACAGGUCCCAAACUACGGGAGAAUGACCUGGAUAUCCAUGGGUUGUUGAAUGACUAUGUUCCUAAUCCUGUAUUAGUUAUAAUUGAUGUCCAACCUAAGGAGUUGGGAAUCCCUACAAAAGCUUACUAUGCAGUUGAAGAGGUGAAAGAGAAUGCAACCCAGAAAAGCCAGAAAGUGUUUGUGCAUGUACCUUCAGAAAUUGCUGCUCAUGAAGUUGAAGAAAUUGGUGUGGAACAUUUGCUUAGGGAUGUCAAGGAUACAACCAUUAGCACCCUUGCAACAGAGGUGACUGGCAAACUUACAGCCUUGAAAGGAUUGGAUGCUCGUCUUCAGGAAAUUCGAAGCUAUCUUGAUCUUGUAAUUGAAGGAAAACUCCCACUAAACCAUGAAAUUUUGUACCAUUUACAGGAUGUGUUUAACCUACUUCCAAAUCUCAAUGUAGCUGAGUUGAUUAAGGCAUUUGCAGUGAAAACAAAUGAUAUGAUGUUGAUUAUAUAUCUUUCUUCACUUAUUCGAAGUGUGAUAGCUCUCCACAACUUGAUCAACAAUAAGAUCCUCAACAAAGAACAUGAAAAAGUAGAGGACUCAAAGCCAGUAGCUGUACCUGCGGCAGCUGGAAGCUAAACAUAAGGAUUCUGCCCUGCUUAGAUGGUCCGAGAGGAUGUUUUCCCCAAAGUGACAGGUUUUGUCUAGCCCUGAGUCACGUUGUCUGUUUUAGCAAACAACAUAACAAUGGAGGGAGGCCAAAGGGGAGUUGCAGAUUCUAAGUAGCAAGCAGUCUAGGAGACCCAUCUUCCAUAAAACUCGAUAAGACCUGAAUGCUAUCCUUCAUUUAUAGUGUAAUGUGUUUGAUCAUUUGACUAUGAUAUGUAGACGUUUUACGACUUAUAAAUCAUGCUUUCUGGAAGAUUAACUACGGUAACUCUAAAUCAUAAACUAGCAGGGAUCGGCAAAUGCAUUGCAAAAGGAAAAUCUUCAUUAAAUUGCUAUAAAUUAAGGUCAUCUAA